AUGUCUCUCAACAUCCCCGGCGCGCCCAACGCGGGCCUCUUCAAGAAUGGCUAUAACAACUACGACGCCGAGGAUGGCGCCGUCCUGCGCAACAUCGACGCCUGCCGCGCCAUCGCCUCGACCGUCCAGACGUCCUUGGGCCCCUAUGGUCGCAACAAGAUCGUCAUCAACCACCUGCAGAAGAUGAUCCUCACCUCCGACGCCGCCACCAUCCUGCGCGAGCUCGACGUCGUCCACCCCGCCGCCAAGCUCCUCGUCAUGGCCAGCCAGCAGCAGGAGUCGGAGAUGGGCGACGCCACUAACCUCGUCAUCGUCCUCGCCGGCGAGCUCCUCCGCAAGGCCGAAGACCUGCUGCGCAUGGGCCUCAAGACGUCCGACGUGGUCAUCGGCUACGAAAAGGCCCAGAGGUUGGCCCUCGACGCCCUCGAGAAGCUCUCCGUCGACGCCGUCGACGACAUCCGUGACCAGGACGAGCUCUCAAAGGCCAUCCGCACCGUCGUCGCCAGCAAGCAGAGCGGCAACGAAGACUUUCUCGCUCAGCUCGUCGCAGAGGCCGUCCUCGCCGUCCUCCCCAAGAACCCGGCAAACUUCAACGUCGACAACAUCCGCGUCGUCAAGAUCAUGGGCGGCAGCCUUGAGCAGAGCCGCGUCGUCAAGGGCAUGGUCUUCCCCAAGGAGCCCGAUGGCUCCGUCAAGAAGGCCCGCCGCGCAAAGGUGGCCGUCUUCACCUGCCCCAUCGACACCAGCCAGACCGAGACCAAGGGCACCGUCCUCCUCCACAACGCCAAGGAGAUGAUGGACUUUACAAAGGGCGAGGAGGCCCAGAUCGAGACGGCCAUCAAGGAGCUCCACGACUCGGGCCUGCGCGUCGUCAUAUGCGGCGACAAGAUUGGCGACCUGGCCUUGCACUACCUCAACCGCUUCGGCAUCCUGUGCAUCAGGAUCCUCAGCAAGUUUGAGCUGCGCAGGGUCUGCCGCGUCGUCGGCGCCACGCCCCUCGCCCGGCUCGGCGCCCCCAUGCCCGACGAGAUGGGCACCAUCGACGUCGUCGAGACACUCGAGAUUGGCGGCGACCGCGUCACCGUCUUCCGACAAGAGGACGAGGUGACGAGGACCGCCACACUCGUGCUGCGCGGCGCCACCCAGAACCACCUCGACGACAUCGAACGGGCCGUCGACGACGGCGUCAACGUUGUCAAGGCCAUCACCAGAGACCCCCGGCUCGUCCCCGGCGCCGGGGCCACGGAGACCCAACUGAGUGCCCGGAUACAGGCCCAGGGCGAGAAGACGUCUGGCCUGAGCCAGUACGCCAUAAAAAAAUACGGCGAGGCGUUCGAGGUGAUUCCCCGGACGCUGGCCGAGAGCUGCGGCCUGGAUGCGACCGAGGUCCUCAGCAGGCUAUACGCCGCCCACCACAAGGGCGAAAACGGCGACACGGGCGUCGAUGUCGAGAACAACGACGACAGCGGCACGCUGAAUGCCACCGAGGAGGGCAUCCUGGAUCUCCUUGCCUCCAAGCACUGGGCCAUCAAGCUCGCCACCGAGGCUGCCCGGACGGUCCUGUCCGUCGACCAGAUCAUCGUGGCGCGGCAGGCCGGCGGUCCCAAGCCCCCAGGGCCGAAUCCUAACUGGGAUGAGGACUAG